AUGAACAGGAUCUGUUCAGUUGUUGCUGAACCGUGAAUAGCGACAAACGUGCCAUUUUUGGGUGGUAAAAAACUAGUGAUGAACUUGGUUCUAGAAUGAGUUCCAGUUUUGUGCAGGAUAUCCAAAGAAUGCUGCCGUACAGUCCGCAACAGCAGAAUCAACCAGCAUCGGAAGUGAGCUAUUUCCAGCAAUUCUUCUAUCCGCAGAAUUCGUUGGGUCUACAGGGAGCCGGAAGUGGCAGUGAGUUUCAAAUCCCCCUGGAUUUGUCCUUCCGACAGGAGAAUGUGCCAAUGACUCCACCGUCGACACCGUCUCCCCCACGCAAACGAACAAAAACAUGUGACGAAGACGUUUGGAGGGUGAAACUAAAAUCAAUCAGUCAGUUCUCCGAUACGGUGUGCAUCGACGAUAAAAAGUAUUACGCCAAUACCACCCUUACGACAACCAAUCAACCCUUUCGCUAUUUCGAUGACUCUGCCCGUUUGCCGCCGUUCAAAUCUCUCCAACCAACUGCGUCCACCAGCACGGUAGCGGUAGUGGCAGCUGGUCAAGAGAAGGCUAUCGACGAAUUCAUCGACAUCACCGGACAUGAAGACUCCGCGGAGGGAUUGCGUCGAUCGCCGUCUAACAUCGAUGUCGAAUCGCUGGAAGACGACGAUAGCCAGGAGUCGAUCAACAUCGUCGAUAGUGAGAAGGAAAACAGUGAGGCAGUUCUGGUCGACGGCCAGCGGUAUUUCGAGAAUGAAAAACUACAUCUGCAAGCUAUCGAAGGUUUCGCUCGGCUGUUCGAGCGAAGCUUCGGUGGAUUCGAUCAGUCGGCGGCGCCGAUUGGGAAGGACCGUCCGUCGAAAGGUUGCACUCAACGACCAAAAACGGAGCGACGAAGAAUCAAAACACGGAAGCAGUUGGUAGACGAGGAUCACACCAGCCCGGUCUCGGGAACCAUCAUUCGCAAGCUGCAGGACGGGGAAGAGCUGGUGGUGCGUAAGGGAGACAUUGAUCCGGCCUUCAAUGUAGUGGAAAUCACGGACGAAGCGAAGGAUAUUUUGUCGAAGAUCGAGAACAAGAUUGGUUCGUACUUGUGUCAGCUGUGCCGGGCGCUAUAUGACGACGCGUUUGGGCUGGCUCAGCAUCGGUGUUCGCGCAUCGUUCAUAUCGAGUAUCGGUGUUCGGAGUGUGAUAAGGUGUUCAACUGUCCGGCGAAUCUGGCCUCGCAUAAAAGAUGGCAUAAACCUCGCGGAGGGAUCGCCGGAGCAACAGUGAGUGGCGAAGGGAGGAAAAGGAGCGCCGGGGUCAGUUUCGGAAGUGAUGAUAAGAAAGAUGAAGAGUGCAUUGAAAUUGUGGAUAAUGAACAUGGGGAACAUGGACCUACAGUUCCUGAAGUUACGACAGAGGAGAGUUACGUUUGCAGUCAGUGCGGGAAAAGUUUCAAAAGACAUAGUUAUCUUAAAAAACACCUUCAAACCCACCAAACCUCCUCCGAAGCGUCGGCACGGCAACAUAACCACUCGAUGUCAGCCUCCACGGCCCACCAGAACGCCGCCGCUGCUACAGCAGCCGCCCUCUUUUGUGGCCAAACUUCGCAACAUGGAGCUUCGUCAACGUCCAAUGCGUUCCCCCGAAGCGCUAAUGCUAGCGGCGUUUUGUUCCCAUUUGCCGCCUACGGAACGGCCAUUCCUGGCGCUCACCAAUUCUCCAAAGAAAUGGGCUAUUCCGAGCUGGAAAAACGCCGCUGGCAGUCACUUAGCGAACUCUAUCUGCAACAGCGGGAACGACUCUCCGCUUUCCAGUACGUGAGACACCACCAAUACGAGGAUUAUCUGAAAAGCUUUCAACCGUUCCAUUUCGCGCGGGACAAAACCUGACAGAAUGUCCUGCGACCAGUGCCGCGCCUCGCUGCACCCGUUUGGUCGCAAAAUCAAUCCCAUUCGAGUUCGCCGUCAUCCGCGUCGGUAACAAUCACUGACAACACAUGCGAUGCAUCCCAGCAACAGCAGCCUGCUGCGCCCGUGGAACAGUUCAAUCAUUUGACGGACACGCAACCAUCCGUAGAACAUGUGCAUCAGCGCUACGAACGCUUGGAUUGAAAUUCCCCAAAUGUAGGCCGAUGAGAAACAAUUAGAUUCAAAGUUACCAGCAGUAAGUGUCACUGUUUAGGAAUUUCCCCUAGGAUUUGUUCGUUUUUUCUGUUCUAUCGAAAUUGAAUCACCGAAGGAAUCGUAUAACAUCAAUAAACAACCUUUU